AUGAACUCAGAUAAGUCAACAAAGUCUAUAGCCCCUUCGGCAAAUUUCCCAUUUUGGUAUGGAGGAGCGGCGUCGAUGUUCGCAUGUCUCUUUACCCAUCCUCUGGAUUUGGCCAAAGUCCGACUCCAGACGGCAAAGGUUCCUGGAGAUAGUUUGGUGUCCCUAGCGUUUAAGAUUAUAAAAACAGAGGGAGUACUUGCAGCAUAUGCGGGGUUAACUGCGUCGCUGCUAAGACAGGCAACAUAUUCAACCGCACGGUUUGGUGUUUAUGAGAAGCUGAAAGAGAUAAUGACAGACCCCACUAGAGGUCAGGCAUCCACUUUCCAAUUACUUGCAGCAUCUAUGAUAGCUGGUGCGGUUGGUGGUGUUGUUGGAAACCCUGCGGACGUCGUGAAUAUUCGAAUGCAAAAUGAUAAUAGUCUCCCGGAGUCUCAAAGAAGACAUUACAAGCAUGCAUUGGAUGGCUUACUAAAAAUAACGAGAGAAGAAAACCUCACUGCCCUAUUUAGGGGCCUUGGACCCAAUUUGGCUCGAGGCAUUCUGAUGACAGCUUCGCAAGUUGUCUCUUACGACGUGGCCAAGAAACUGCUUGUUGAAAACUUGAGCAUGGACCCCAAAACUAAGGCAACCCAUUUUUCUGCAUCAUUAAUUGCCGGUUUAGUAGCAACCACUGUCUGCUCACCAGCAGAUGUUCUGAAGACGAGAAUUAUGAACAGCUCAGGCACUGGUCAAAGCUCUUUCGGUAUUCUCAAGGACGCUAUAUCUAGAGAAGGCUUGGGAUUCAUGUUCAGAGGGUGGACCCCUGCGUUCAUUAGAUUAGGACCACAUACAAUUUUGACUUUCAUUGCUCUGGAAGAGUUGAGAAGGUUAAAGAUUGGUCUUUAA